GCGAGGGCGCCGCAUGGGGCCGCGAUGGCGCCGGGGCAGCGCGGGGCCUCGGCCUCCGCGGCCCUCGCGGACGGCGGGGGGGGCGCGGCCCCGGCGGUGGCCCGCCUCCUGCGGGAGGUGCCCGAGGAUAUCCGGGCGUGCCUCUUCCUCUUCCUCGGCCUGGCCGGGCUGGGCAGCAGCGCGGCCUGCAGCAGGGCGUUGGCCGCGUGCCUCUGGAGGUGGCUGUUCCACCUGGACAGCCAGUGGGCUGCGGACUUCGAGGCGCUCGUGCGCCGCGAGGAGCAGUCGGAGUUCGGCGCGGACCACGCCCUCAUCUUCACGGAGGCCACGAGGAUCGUGGCUGGGCUCAUGCCCUCCGACGGGAGGCAGUGCGUCGCGCAGUUCGUGGCGACGCUGGGGGCGCUGCUGUCGGAGUACGACCCCGCGCAGCUGGACGAGAACGAAGCGGAGCCGCCCCAGGACUCGGGAUACGUGCACGCGGUCAAGCUGUACCCGGCCGGGGCCACCACGAACUCCGAUUUCGGCGUGACAGAUUACGGCAAGAUCAUGCCGGCGCUCAGGAAGAUGGAGGAGCUGGGGCUUCUCCUUCUGGUGCAUGGAGAAUCCACGGAUCAGAGCGUGGACGUCUUUGAGCGCGAGCAGCAUUUUUAUGGCCACACGAUGCCCACGAUCAUAGCGCAGUGCCCCAAGCUGCGGGUGGUCUGUGAGCACAUCACCUCCGCGAUCGGGGCGGAGUUCGUGGAGUCUCAGGGGCCCAACGUGGCUGCCACCAUCACGGCCCACCACCUGAUGUACAACCGGAAUGCGAUAUUCAAGGGAGGGAUCAACCCGCACUUCUAUUGCCUGCCGAUCCUCAAGACGGAGCCGGACCGCAGAAAGCUGCUGGAGUGCGCGAUCAAGAGCCCGAAGUUCUUUCUGGGCACCGACUCCGCGCCUCACGCGGUCGACCGAAAGGAGAGUGCUGCCCAGGCUGCGCGGGCUGCUUCACGUCUCACAUGGCGAUUGAGCUCGUGGCCGAGGCCUUCGAGUCCGAGGGGGGACUCGCGGCCCUCGAGGACUUCGUCUCGCAAAGGGGAGCAGCUUUCUACGGGCUGCCGCCUGCAGAGGGCACCCGGGUCCUGGCGAGGGAGACCUGGCAGGUCCCCGACAGGUACCCUUUCGGGGACAGGACGGUCGUCCCGCUCUGCGCGGGCGAGCAGGUCCACUGGAAGCUGCGCCCCCGCGCCAACGCGCGAAUGCUGUGCGGCCCCUGUGCGUGAGCAGGUGGCUCUUCAGGGGAGUUGCCAUCGAACUCUCCUGGGACUGUGGUCCUCGGUGACCUCUUGGUUCCCCUGGCUCUCGCGGGCUGGAGGCCCGUUGCAUGGCGGCGGCGCGGACAACGCGUGA